GUGCGCGGGCCCGGCGCCUACGGGCUGGAGCUGGCAUGAGCGCCGGCGACGCGGCGGACGACACGCAGGUCGAGCUGUUCACCGACGGCGCCUGCUCGGGCAAUCCGGGGCCGGGCGGCUGGGGCGCGAUCCUGCGCUGGAACGGCCACGAGAAGGAGCUCUCGGGCGGCGAGCCGGAGACCACCAACAACCGCAUGGAGAUGCUGGCCGCGAUCCACGGCCUGGAGGCGCUGAAGCGGCCGAGCCGCGUGCGGCUGACCACCGACAGCGAAUACCUGAUGAAGGGCGUCACCCAGUGGAUGGCCGGCUGGAAGCGGCGCGGCUGGGUCACGGCGGCGAAGAAGCCGGUGAAGAACCGCGACCUCUGGGAACGGCUCGACUCGGCGCUGCAGCGCCACCGGGUGGAGUGGGAGUGGACCCGGGGCCACAGCGGCCACCCGGAGAACGAGCGCGCCGACGCGCUGGCCCGCGAAACAGUGCUUCGUCGCGGUGCCGAUAUCCUGGCCGACCAACUGCUGCUGCACGGCGCCAGCCGCGCCUACGGCGUGCCCGGUGAGAGCUACCUGGCAGUGCUCGACGCGCUGGUCGACCGCCCCGCGUUCCGUUUCGUCGUCACCCGGCAGGAGGGCGGCGCGGCGAUGAUGGCCGAGGCCGAGGGCAAGCUGACCGGCCGGCCGGGCAUCGCCUUCGUCACCCGCGGCCCCGGCGCCACCAACGCCAGCGCCGGCCUGCACGUCGCGCAGCAGGACUCGACGCCGAUGAUCCUCUUCAUCGGCCAGGUGGCGCGCGGCAUGCGCGGGCGUGAGGCCUUUCAGGAGAUCGACUACACCCAGAUGCUCGGCCCGCUGACCAAGUGGACGGCGGAGAUCGACGACCCGGCGCGGAUUCCCGAGCUGGUCGCCCGCGCCUUCUCGGUCGCCACCUCCGGCCGGCCCGGCCCGGUGGCGCUGGCCCUGCCCGAGGACAUGCUGGUGGCCCAGGCGGAGGUGCCGGACGCCCCGGCCUUUCAGCCGGCCCCGGCCGGCGCCGACCCGGCCGACCUCGAGGCGCUGGAGGCCGCGCUCGGCGCCGCGCAGCGGCCGCUGGUGCUGGUCGGCGGCGGCGGCUGGUCGGCCGAGGCCAAGGCGGCGCUGGAGCGCUGGGCGAGCGCCAACGCCCUGCCGGUGGCGGCCUCCUUCCGCUGCCAGGACUACAUCGACAACGAGCAUCCCAGCUACAUCGGCCACGUCGGCCUGGGGCUGGCGCCCGACCUGCGCCGGCGGAUCGAGACGGCCGACCUGGUGAUCGCGCUGGGCCCGCGCCUGGGCGAGAUCACCACCCAGGGCUACGAGCUUUUCGCCGUGCCGACGCCGAGGCAGCGGCUGAUCCACAUCCACCCGGACCCGGAGGAGCUGGGCCGCGUCUACCGACCGAGCCUGGCGAUCUGCGCGGCGCCGGCGCGGGUGGUGCAGGCGCUGGCCGCGCGCCCGGCGGUCGAGGCGCCGGCCUGGGCCGCCGAUACGGCCGCGCAGCGCGCCGCCUUCGAGGCCUUCGCCACGCCCGCCAGGCUGGACGGCCCGCUGCAGCUCGGCGAGAUCUGCGCGGAGCUGCGCAGCCUGUUGCCGCCCGAGGCCAUCGUCUGCAACGGCGCCGGCAACUAUGCCGCCUGGCUGCACCGCUUCCACCGCUGGCAGCGCUGGCGCACCCAGCUCGCGCCGACCAGUGGCUCCAUGGGCUACGGCGUCCCGGCGGCGGUGGCGGCCAAGCUGGUCGCGCCGGAGCGCCCCGUGGUCGCCCUGUCCGGCGACGGCUGCUUCCUGAUGACCGGGCAGGAGCUGGCCACGGCGGCGCAGUACGGCCUGGAGGUCGUCUUCCUGGUGUUCGACAACGGGCUUUACGGCACCAUCCGCAUGCACCAGGAGCGCGAGUAUCCCGGCCGCGUCAGCGCCACCACCCUGGCCAACCCCGACUUCGCGGCGCUGGCGCGCAGCUACGGCCUGGAGGCCUGGACGGUGGAGACCACCGAGGCGUUCCGCCCGGCCUUCGACGCGGCGCUGACCUGCGGCGGCCCGGCGCUGCUGCAUCUCAAGGUCGAUCCCGAGGCGAUCACCCCCGCGACCACUCUGACGCAACUGCGCGCGGCGGCCCUGGAGGCCGGCAAGUAG